GUAAUGAAAGGCAGUAGUAGGAAUAAGGAUCAUUCGACAGAAGGAGAAGGAACUGGGAAGCGACCAAAAAGAAAGUGUCUUCAGUGGCAUCCCCUGCUUGCCAAGAAACUUCUUGAAUUCUCUGAAGAGGAAGAGGAGGAAGAGGAAGAGGAAGAUAUUGAUAAGGUGCCGCUCCUUGGCGCUGAUGGUUUAGAGCAGGAUGCUGAUGAAACCGAAGAUGAUGAGUCCUCCGAGCAACGAGCUCGCCGACCUAUGAAUGCAUUUCUCUUGUUCUGCAAACGCCAUCGUUCUCUCGUGCGAAAAGAACACCCUCGCCUCGAUAAUCGUGGCGCAACCAAGAUCUUGGCAGAUUGGUGGGCAGUCCUAGAUCCGAAAGAAAAGCAGAAAUACACUGACAUGGCCAAGGAGUACAAGGAUGCAUUCAUGAAGGCCAACCCAGGUUACAAGUGGUGCCCCACAACAAACAAACCUGUGAAAACCCAAACGUCCACAGUCACAAACAGGAAGAAGCUAUGGGCCUUUACAUCAGAUCCUGCAAAAGAUUUGCCAAGCCCAAGGAAAGCAACUAAAAGCGAAGAAAUGCCACAGCUUAACUUUGGGAUGGCAGAUCCUACACAAAUGGGAGGCCUCAGUAUGCUUCUUCUGGCAGGGGAACAUGCUCUGACUGCACAAGAG